AAAUCAGCCUUAAGUCAGUGGCAUUGGUGGAACCAGAAAAAUACGGAACGAAGAACCAAAUAAACCUUUCGGAGACCGGAUCCGAACACGAUAGAGGGAGGUACUCAGCAGGCAAUCCUGCUGACGUCAGUGGUGUGCGACAGUGGGGGUCUGAAGAACACACGUGUUCCAAAAUGUCUGCCUUCUGGUCGUGUCAUCGGAAUUAAGUGCAGAAUUAUUAGUAAAUAUAUUUGAAAACAAGGAGUUUAACACAAUACCCGACAGUAACGAAAACAUAUAUUGUAUAUACGCUGUAAGAGGUUAAAAAAGCUUGAUCUGCAAUGGCACAAAGGAAGAAAAAACUAACGAAGAAAAGGCGACAUACUGGGAGUAAAGCAAGGGAACCUGAUUUAGAUUCGGACGGUGGCGAAUUUGAACUGGCUGCCCAGAUUAAAGAUGACGCGUCUGAGAGGAAGAUGCUCCGUUUCCCAGCCGCUUCGGAGGGCCUCUCCGACGUGGAACCGGACACCAGGGAACUGGUCAGGGCCCAGAACAAGAAGAAGAAAAAGUCUGGAGGGUUCCAGUCAAUGGGGCUUAGUUAUCCAGUGUUCAAAGGGGUGAUGAAGAAGGGCUACAAAGUUCCCACUCCUAUUCAGAGAAAGACCAUUCCGUUGAUCAUGGACGGGAAGGACGUUGUUGCCAUGGCGAGGACCGGCAGCGGGAAGACGGCUGCGUUCCUGAUUCCCAUGUUCGAGCGGCUGAAGGCCCCGCAGGCGCAGACUGGGGCCCGCGCGCUGAUCCUGACGCCCACGCGCGAGUUAGCGCUACAGACCAUGAAGUUCACCAAAGAGCUAGGCAAGUUCGCCGGCCUUAAAACAGCCCUGAUCCUUGGAGGUGACAGCAUGGACGAUCAGUUCGCAGCUCUGCAUGAAAACCCAGAUAUCAUCAUUGGCACUCCGGGUCGUCUGAUGCACGUGGUCAUGCAGAUGAACCUGAAGCUGCACAGUGUGGAGUACGUGGUGUUCGACGAGGCGGACAGGCUGUUUGAGAUGGGAUUCGCGGAGCAGCUCCAGGAGAUUAUCCGCCGGCUGCCAGACUCCCGCCAGACCCUGCUCUUCUCUGCCACGCUGCCCAAACUGCUGGUGGAGUUCGCCCGGGCUGGCCUGACGGAACCUGUGCUCCUCCGUCUGGACGUGGACACCAAGCUGAGCGAGCAGCUGAAGCUGGCCUUCUUCUCCCUGCGCAUGGACGAGAAGCCGGCCCUCCUCCUGCACCUCCUGCGGAACGUGCUCCGGCCCCAGGAACAGACCGUGGUGUUCGCCGCGACCAAGCAUCACGUGGAGUACCUGAAGGAGCUGCUGACAUCAGAGGGGGUGGAGUGCGCCUACAUCUACAGCGCGCUGGACCAGACGGCGCGUAAGAUCAACAUCGGCCGCUUCGUGCACCGCAAGGCCAUGGUGCUGGUGGUGACGGACGUGGCGGCUCGCGGUAUCGACAUCCCCCUGCUGGACAACGUCAUCAACUACAACUUCCCCUCCAAGGCCAAGCUCUUCCUGCACAGAGUGGGUCGAGUGGCGCGUGCUGGGAGGAGCGGGACGGCCUACAGCCUGGUGUGCUCCGACGAGGUGCCCUUCGUCUACGACCUCCAUCUCUUCCUGGGUCGUCCGGUACAGCUCGCCCUGCCCGAACAUCCACAAGAUGCUGACGGGGUGUUUGGCCGCGUGCCCCAGAGCGUGCUGGACGACGAGGAGGCCCUGCUCAUCACGGCCCACGAGAACUCUCUGGACCUGCAGAACCUGCGCCGCGUCUCGGAGAACGCCUACAAGCAGUACCUCAAGUCCCGGCCCAGCCCCUCGCCCGAGUCCUUCAAGAGGGUGAAGAACACGGAACUCUCCGGAAUGGCCGUCCACCCGCUGCUCGGCUCAGGGUUAGAGAGCAUGGAACUGGACCGGCUGAAGAUGGUCGACAGCAUCAAGGGCUACAAAUCUAAAGCGACGAUAUUCGAGAUCAACUCCAGCAGCAAGACGCCAGCCAGCGAGGUGAUGCGUGCCAAGAGGGGGCGGGACACGCGAUUGGUGGACAAGUUCCAGCGAGCGAAGGAGGAUCGGAUGGCCGAGGGCCUGCUGACCCGCCGCCCCCUGCCCAAAAGCACCCCCGCGGAGCUGGGACAGAGCGAGAGCGAGGAGGAGGACCUCCAGGGGGUGUUUUCCAGUGUGGUGGGGGGGAAGAGGAAGAAACAGUCAGAGGAGGGGGAGGGGGAGGGGGAGGUGACCGGGGCAAAGAAGAAGAACAGGGUCUCCGGCCGCGAGGAAGAGUUCUACAUCCCUUACAGACCCAAAGACUUCAACUCAGAGAGAGGGCUGAGUUUGGGAGGGGAGGGGAGCGCGUUCGAGCUGCAGGCUUCCUCCGCCGUGCUGGACCUGAUGGGGGACGAAGGCGAGCAGCUGAACCAGCACAAGAGCAUGAUGAAGUGGGACCGGAAGAAAAAGCGAUUUGUGCGGGACACAGGAAAAGAGGACCAGAAGAAGAGACUGAGGACGGAGAGUGGGCAGGUGGUCAGCGGCAAGAAGAAGAAGAAGAACUUCUAUGAGGAAUGGAAGAAGAAGUACAAGAUGGAUGACGGAGGCUCUGAUUCUGAUGGAGAGACGGCAGGAAAGGGGAGGAGACCAGGUGGAGGCCGCAGAGGGAGGCGGGGCCCCCAGCAGCCUGCGCAGACGGGCGGGGUGCGGGCGCGGUCGGAGCUGCGCAGCCGGGAGCAGAUCCUGAAGAGCAGGAAGAAGGAGCAGAAGCAGCAGUUCCUCCAGAGCGGCGGUCUGCAGAAGCUCCGCAAGCGCUCCCAACAGCGGCUCGGAGAGGUCAAGAGGUCCGGCUUCGGCCGCGGCAGCAACAAGAAGGGCAAGCUGAGGAAGAGGCUGUGAUAGGUGCAGCCUGGGACAGCCGUCUGCCAAUCACUGCCCGGUGACCCUGCAGAAGGGAGGGUCUGGACUAUGUGAUUGGUUGUUGAGGCGGGUGGGGUGUUGAGGGGGGUGGUUGCUGUUUUUUUCGUGACCGGAAUUUCUCUCACUCUCCCCCUCCCACCCCUAAACCUGAAUACUCUGAAGCUGAACCUGAAGCAGGCUCAAACAAUGACUUUUUAUCACAGCUUUAUUGUUAAGAAUCUUUCGCCAAACUUUUUGUGUAAAAAAACCCCCCAAAAAAAUAAAAAUAAAAACUGAAGAUGAAAAAUGCGGGCUUUCCACCAUUAAAGCCGUGGCUGUCAGUCAUGCUCAUGAGUGCCCUCUGAAGAACCCUAUUGGUUGCUGGGGGAUGAGGCGGAGCCUAAGGCUGCUUCAGAAGGCGGUUUAUCCAGUGGGGGGGUGUUAACUGCAGUAGUGUCCUGAUUGGUCCCAGUGUGGCAGUGGUGUAGAACAUGCACCCAAUCGGGUAUAAGGUUGCACAAUCUAUCAAAUCACAUUUUUUAAGCGUAUUAAGAAUAGUUAUUCUGGUAAUUACGGUAAUGAAAAAUGUUACACUGAUUACACAGUUUGAUUGCCUGUAGGCGUGGGACAGUAUGAACAUGUAGUACCAUGAUUAUCCUGGCCAAAAUUAUAUUAAUGUAUGUGGCCGUUUCUUCAGUGAAUUUUAUAUAUCGGUAUAUCGGUAUAUGAGUACUGUCCCAUUGCUAAUUUGGUGUCUUAUCAGCACACAUAUCAGUGAUGUUUUUUCCCUGAAGAAUUUCCCAUGGCCUCUUAUGCUUGGUUGUUUACUACACCCAUCAGGUGUGAUUAAAGAAAACAGAGAUGGCCUAUACACCCCAUGGUGACUGUUAAGUAAAAAAAAAAAACCCACAAUGUGAUAUACCUAACAAGAUGUGUACCUGCACAUUGACUUACCUAUGCUGAAGCUGUGUAUGUGUGUGUGUAUCACCCACCCUUCACACAAUAUGUAACACUGAAGGGCUCUCUAUUUGAGGUGUGUUUUUAUUCCAGAACAUUUUGCAACUGCUCGUAUACAAUCCAAUACUGUAAAUAAAUUGGUGCGUUCAGGCAGAAAA